CUUUCCAUCUGCCUUUACCGCGAAACAGAUUGUUGGAAAAGCGUAAAGGCACCGUUCGACGUACUUCUGUAAAGUUGUGUCUGUUGGCGAGUGACAACAGAAUGGCUUCUCCGGACGAAUACGAUGGCGGUCGAUCCACUCGGGACAAGUUCCAGCGUGAACGUGAUGAUGACGCACAAGGAGUCGAGGUGGACGAGUUCGGACGAACAAUAGAUAAUCGCAAGCGACGGGAGCGCAGCAAAAGUCGGAGUCGCUCGCCGGAACCUACUGGCGAACGUCGCGGCAAGCGUCGUCGAUCUCGUAGCAGAGAGCUGGAUACCUAUAUACCUGACUAUGGUCGGGAUGGAUAUGCACCUCCCCCUCGGUUCGGCGGCGCCACUGUGCCCGUGCCUCUCAUGGAUUAUGGACAAGCCUUUUUUCCGAUGAUGGGAGACCACUACGAUGGACGAAAGAGUCAAAAUCUGCCAGACCCGAUGAAGCUGGACUAUCUUGUUUCACGCGAAGCAUUCGCGGAUUUCGCGCGACAAGAGUUCAGGAAGAAAAAUGGCCGCCAUGCCACGAUGAGCCAAGAAGAAUUGGAACGUCGAUACGAAAUUUACAAAGAGAAUUUCACCAACAAACAGCAUCAAAAGUUCUUCAGCACAGAAAAGAACAAUGAAUGGUUCCGCGAAAAGUAUCAUCCCGUCGAGUCCAGACCACUCAAGGAAGAGACAAACAAGCGCCGGCACGAGCUGCUAGCCAAAUUUCAAACUGAAUUAGGCGAAGGCAAAUACGACGACGUCAACUACGAUCAACCAGCGGCGGCAUCUGGGGGCGAUGAUGCUGUGGACAAACAGGAGGACGAAGAUGUGAAACCUAUCAAGGCAGAAGAGGAGCAACCAGAGGAAACCUUGGUACCUGUAGGCAAGAAGACUUCUGAGCCUGUUUAUGCGUUGUUCAUCAAAACUGUCCCGCCCAGCAUGAAACGUCAGAAGAUUGUGGAGCUGGUCCAAAAAGUCGAGGGCUUCAAGUAUCUCGUUUUGAGUGACCCCAAACCCGACAAGUCGAUGCAUCGCCUUGGCUGGAUUGUGUUUGAAGACGGGACUGACAUGAUGAAAGCGUUUAACGAGCUGAAUAAAAAAUCGAUCGACAACUUCACAUUCCAUCUUGCUCCCCAUCACAUUCUGGAGUCCCGCACUCGUGUGGCUCCCGGCGAAACUAGCAGACCGGAGCGACUUCGGCAUGACCUCGAUCAAAUUAAACAGCUGGCUCAAGUGCUUGACGAGGAAGUUGGAUUUGACCAAGGCUCUGGUGCAGAUCUGGUUGCCAAUCGCCUCAACAGCAUUAUACUGCCGGCUUUGGAUACUAGCAUGGAUACUGAUGGUGACCAGAAGGAGACCGAUAAGGUUAAGCGGUCCUUGGACCUUUACAUAACCUAUCUUCGGGUCGUUCACAAUUAUGACUACUAUGGUGGUAUUGAGAGUGCAAGUCCAGAGGAUUUUGCCCGCCGAUCGGCUGUUUAUCUUCGCCGUCCACCGCCUCCUGAAGACAAGGACAUCCGUAAAGACUGGACCGAUCGACUGGACUUGCGUGUUGACCUGCGCAUUCGGAAGCCGAUUGAUGGUCCAGAGAUAACUAAACUAGGUGGAAAAUCUCUCGAAGUGGAAUUAGAUAAAUACCUUAGCAAGCAUGUCAAGAAGGAGAGCGAGGGGAAGUACCGAUGCCAAGAAUGCAGCAAGCUUUUCAAAGGCGAUGAAUUCGUCAAGAAACAUAUCAAAUCGAAACACGCCGAAGUCUGCGCCUCCACCAAACAGGAGGUUGAAUUUUUCAACAAUUACAUCAGGGAUCCAACCAAGGUGGACCCCAGUCGACAGGCUCUCGGCGCACUGAACGGGAAUGCCACGCAAACUGUCGGUGCAGCCCCUGCCGUUCCUGUCAUGCCGAUGAUGCCAAUGCAAAUGCAAAUGCCGCUCAUGAACCCUGCCUGGCAAAUGCAAAUGCAAAUGAUGGCACAAAUGCAGAUGAUGCAGCCUAUGGGGAUGCCAGCGGGCACGGGAAUGAGAAUGAAUGGAGGAGGGCAGCGCAAUGGGCGAGGUGGCAGAGGCUCUGUUUCUGGAAGAUUGGGGCCACCCCCCGAUAGGAGGAAUUCGCGCGGCGAUCCACGCCAGAUUCGUAGCUACAAUGAUCUCGAUAAUCCUGUUCCAUCUGGUGAAAUGGAGAUCAGCUAUGAUUAACCAUUCAAAAGAAUGAUGCAACAUAUCUUGUCCGUGUCGUGCUGUAAUAUACUUUGGAGAAUGCUCCUUUUGCUGUAAAAACUAUUGCAAUAAUGUGUUGAAUAUAUGCAUUUGCGAUGUCAAAC